UAUUAUUAUUAUUAUUAUUAUUAUUAUUAUUAUUAUUAUUAUUAUUCAGAAGAAAGUUUGUAUGCGAUCUAUUUGCAGCCUUACUGACCCUCUUACAGUCCUUAGACUGUAGACUAACAUAUUCCUUCUCCUUACAGGCAUGAUUUUGAGGGAAUCUCUGGUGACCUUGAUGGUGGUGGUGACCUUGACCUGGUCUCAAGUCAAGGCUAGUGUCCUCAUCUCACGUCGACCUCAUGAUCGGAUGAUGCAGAGUGAGGAGGCUGAUGAUGCUGGGAAUUCUGGAGUGACUUGGGCAUUUCUUCAGCGUCUCAGAAGACCCCGAGGCAUUCAGGAUGAUCUAAGGCGACAUCGAAGUGCCGUGGGUGGCCUUGAACGACCACCUGGAGGUGUUUUUGACCACCUGAGUGGACCUCAGGGAUUUAAUGGUGGACUGAGACGACCUCUCGGUGGUCUUGGUGAUGUAGAAAACCCCGACGAUGUUUUUUAUGAUCAGACGAAACAUCAGAAUGGCCUGAGGCGACCCGAAACUGUAAUUACAGACCUGGGACCUUUCGGAACCAAUGGUGACCUGACACGACCUUGGGGUCUCGACGGCGGCACAUCACCACAAGGUGGUAAAGGUAACCUCGAACGACCCCGAGGAGACCCUAGUGGGUGGACAAGACAAGACAAACAGUGGUGGUACGCUCUCAAUCCCGGCCUCUGGUUCGACCCCCGGUACGCCAGUAACCAUCGUUGGGGAGACGAGAGUGCUGCCAACACCUUCAGCUACACUACCCCAUCCACGUUCUCCAGAAGGACCUUUGUCAGUAGCCUCAAUAAUACCCACGACGAUAAUAAUCAUGUCAGAAACGACAAAGAUAUUAGUAAGUAUGACAACCUCGGCAGUAUAAAUUACUUUGCGUACAGAGCUCCGCAGCAAACCAAAAACAGAUCCCCGACCCAUCCUUCGAAGCCACAGUCUACUCUGCUAGACAGGACUUCGUUUCUCUCCGCUGAUAUGCUCGGGCAACCUUACGGCCACCUGUCUUUGCUCGUGUCAGUGCUGACGAUCCUGUUCAUGAUCUUCUCUGCGGUGGGUGCUGACACCAGCCCGCCUGGUGACCUUGCUGAGGUCACCGCGAGGUACCAACCAAGCGAUCUCGAUGUCACUGAGAGGGUGCAAGAACUCUUGCUACCCAGAGACGCAACAGUGACGUCUCUCACAGAUAUUCCUCCAUGGAAUGAGGACAGGGAGAUUAGGCCCAGACGAUCUCUCCCCCAAGACCAUGAGAACCAAGAAGCAAAUGGCUUCGUUGGCGAAGAGACCCGUAACCGAACGGUUAUCCACGUAGUGAGUGAUUUUCGAACGGUUGAACCUAUAUAUACUGGUGGCUUUCGAAUCCAUGUGGUUAAUACCUCUAUAAAAGGCAACCAUUUUGUGAGUGAUGUUAAAACAGAGGAAUCGAGUGGUAUUCCAGUAGACGAUCAUGGAAUGAGUGAUACUCAGACAGACGAUAACAAGACUAGUGAGUUUAGAACUCAGGAUUAUAGUGUGGGUCGGAAAAGCAACUCUCUCCGUGAGAUUGCCCUCUCCGCAGCCAUGUUACUUGGGGCAUACGUCGGGUACGUCUUCAGGCCCAUGUCGUCUGGCAAGACUAUAAACGCCAAGAGAAAAGUCCAGCGAGGAGUUAACAAGACUGGGACACCAAUAAUAAGAGUAGCAGAGAAUCCGAUGGGCGAUGAGGCCGACGAUUCUAUAGUGAUUAACCCCGUUCCCGCGUCCAUUGAUCUCUCCUCACUGUCUCUAGAAAACCUCAUGAACCUCACGCUUCCUUCCAAGAACAAGUUGACGACGGACCAGUCCGCCUCUGACGAGGACGAGAAUGCUGAUCCUCAGAGUCACUUGCUGGGAGCGGUGAAACCACCUGGAACACCUGCUGUCCCAAGCACCCACCUAUAUGGAUCUGUCUGGGAUCCUCAGACGACUCAGGUCUCAGCAACUGCUAGUUACUUUGCUACGCCACAAUUAAGUCUCCCAGAUCAUAGCUACAGUCCCGUUGCUAUGUCAACCUUGAACGCCUUUCCUGACACUAACGUCUUGUUACAUGGCCCUUCUGAUGACGUCGCGAGUGUGCCUACAAUACUAGUCGUGCAGAACCUAAGACCUCACUUGAUCACGAUCGCUGCAAGCAUCUCUUCAGUGAAGCCAACAGACAUCAUUUCUGUGGUGAUGGGGGACGGGCAGUUGCUUCCCAUCGACACAGUCAGUCACGCUUACAUUUCGACGUAUCAGCCUGAUGUUCCUCACUCUCAACACAUUGGAACUCAAUAUCCAGACAUGCAUGAGAAUGAUAAACGCCCUUCCACGUACUGGACUGUAAUAUCAAAGCCGUAUCUGCCAGAAGAGCCGAGUCUUGAAGGUGUUCCUAUAAUAGAGGGCUCAGGAAUAUAUCAGAAGCCAAGUACUCCAAAACCCCAUCUGACAGAAGGCUCAGGAAUAUAUCAGAAGUCAAGUACUCCAAAACCCCAUCUGACAGAAGGCUCAGGAAUAUAUCAGAAGCCAAGUACUCCAAAACCCCAUCUGACAGAAGGCUCAGGAAUAUAUCAGAAGUCAAGUACUCCAAAACCCCAUCUGACAGAAGGCUCAGGAAUAUAUCAGAAGUCAAGUACUCCAAAACCCCAUCUGACAGAAGGCUCAGGAAUAUAUCAGAAGCCAAGUACUCCAAAACCCCAUCUGACAGAAGGCUCAGGAAUAUAUCAGAAGUCAAGUACUCCAAAACCCCAUCUGACAGAAGGCUCAGGAAUAUAUCAGAAGUCAAGUACUCCAAAACCCCAUCUGACAGAAGGCUCAGGAAUAUAUCAGAAGUCAAGUACUCCAAAACCCCAUCUGACAGAAGGAUCAGGAAUAUAUCAGAAGCCAAGUACUCCAAAACCCCAGGUCAACUAUCAACUGAUAUUAAAUAGUUUCGCAACGAGACCCAAUGUAAAUAUACCAGAAGAGUCAAAUCUUCAAGGACAUCCUGCAUUAAAGGCAUCAGGGAUAUACCAGAAGUCAAGUACUCCGAAACCUCAGGGAAACUAUCAACUGAUUUCAAGUAGUUUCCCUGUUAGACCCGCUGGAAAUACUGGAACAUAUGGCAGUCCUUCUUCGGCACAAAACCAAAGCGAAGAUGACGAUUAUGAGUAUUAUCCAAAUUACGAUUUUGAUGUUGUCAGGGAUGAGAGACCAGGAGCGCCUCUCGUUCUCCCAGGCCAGGUACUGGGAAGACCUAACUUUGAGUCAGUUUUGCCAGGUCGCUUUCCCAGCCCGAGUUACUACAUGACUCCGGAGUACAGACCAAACACACAGGUUCAUGUCCAGCCGAUCAAAGCAGGAUUGACAAAGGAUCAUAGCAGUCAAGUAUCGACCAAAGAUGUCGUAGCGCUUUCAGUGACAGAACAACAGCCUAGCUCAGGUGAUAAAGUCCUUCAAGAGGAUAAGAUUUCUUCCUUCGAAAUAAAUCACAAAUUUCCAGAACACCAGUUUCAGCACAAUUACUAUUCAACUGAUCAACCCCAACACCAAGAUGAUUACUCCCACAGCGACUACUUCGAGUAUGAUGUAAGUGAUGACGUAGAUGCGCAGACCUUCGACACUCUGGUGAAGCUGGCGCAGCAAGAGUUGGUCUCCCUGCAAGGUCAACAUAAGAACCUUCAACAGUAUGAAGUGUCUAACACGGAGAGACGCGAGAGUAUUGGUUCAGGUCCUCUUGAUCAACAAGACACAGAGACGCUGAAUGUUGAAGAAGACGAGUUUAGUCAUAAUUACCCAAGGUUCCCCAGUGUUUACAGUCCAGGACAGGCUCAGGGAGAGGAGAGUUCAACCUCUGGAAACGUACAGGAAGGUGGUCAGGGUGAUACAAGUCUGCCAGUGGAAUUACUACACCACGACACACUAACAAAACUUGAUAAUUUCUUAGAGAAGCUGUUGGCCAACCUAAAUUCCACAAUACCUCUGGAUAAACUGAUGAUACCUGAAACGCUGAUUCCUGACGUAGUUAAGGAUUCUUUUAAGAUAUCAGGCCAUAAACAUGUAGCAGAAGAAAGCCGCGAAAAUAACAUGCUCGUGAAGAUUUUUUCCAAACUCAGCUCUUGGAAAAACAAACUUACAACAGUUGACUUGGACACCUCAAGCACAGAUGGUGAUCAACAGAACUCUGCUGACCCGACCAAGAGUGUAAGCAGAGACAGUGAAGGAGUCAGAACUCAGACACUUUUCAGACCCCAACAAGUUUCCAGAUACGGCAAUAAUUACAGAUCGAAGAUCACUGGAGGCAUGCUGUUGAGAGACCUAGAACAGACAGAUCACUUACCAUCGGAUGGUCUUCGGAAGGGUAUCCUCGAGCCACCACCACCACAACAGCAUCUCAAACACGAGGUGACCACAGCAGCCGGAAGGCUGUCUACCUGGAGUUUUAUAUCAGAUAACAGCGAGUCUUCUUCAAAAGCUGACCCCAACAAUAGACUCCAGACUACAGAAUCAACUUCAAUCAACAUUGGUCCUCAAAACUCACUCUCCCCCUCGCUAGAUGUACAUGCAGGAAACUCAGAAAGGACUUUCUCCCCAGCGAUAAGCACUUACCAAGUUGCACCAUAUGUGGAAACCAGCACUUAUUCUCAGAGUGAGGUAUCGACGCCUAACUCUGUCAGCAAGACUCACUCAGGAGUGUCCGGAGAGUGGACCAGCAGCAGUAAGUACAGAGUUGAGGUCUCCAGCUCAAUGGCCAGAAACCCAAGUCUUCCCGCUCAAGGAAGCAAGAAGAUUCAACAGAUACAAAGAAGAAGCAGUUUGGGAACUCAGUUGGUGUCUGACGGUCACUCUUUUGUCUCCUCAGAGAAAAAGAAUGCACUUUCUUCCGCUGCUGAUAUGUCAGAUACAUUUUCGAGAACACCUUCAGAAAACAUCAGUAAAUAUUUACAUUUCUCCGCCGUGGAACACUCUACUUUAACUCCUACACCUGUAUAUGGAAACACUGUAGACCCAUUUAUUUUCAAGGACGAAAUUUCUCCGACUUCGAAACUUCUCGCUGGUUUAUCUCAGAGUUCUUUACGGAUGUCAACUGGUAAUAAACAUACAGAAAACACAUCUAAAAAGCCAACUUUUGGCUUCGGUCUGGAACUAGCGCGACCACCGGCGCAUUACCUGUCCAGCUCUCAUAAACUGCCGACGUAUGUACCAAGCCGUUUAACUUUCCCGACAAUUGUAUCUCAAGACUCCCAAGAUUUCUUGUCAUUUUAUCAUCCAGACUCUCCGCGCUUCGCAACACCUCUGACCUCGACCUCAGGACCUUCUAUUCCAUCUUCACAACCCGGUGCUCCACUUAUGUCAUUCCACCACUCCAGCGCUCCUCAUCCUCCCUACCUCAAGUCCUCGAAGCAAACUUUCUCCAUUACACCCCCAUAUGUAAACAAAAAAUAUAAUUCCAGUUCUUCGCGGGAGUCAUCUCCUUCCUUGAGAGUCUCUACUGUGACCUCACACUUCAAAAGUUUCUCGAGCAACACUACAAGAAAUCCUACUUCCCUGCCAUCAGUGCAGCAAGAUGUGUAUUCUUCAGCGCCCCGAAUCCCUUCAGAGGAUGGUCUAGAUGGCUUCUCUUCAGCAUCCUUCACGGAGGAUUCCACAGACACACUUUCUUCGACUGCCAGUUCGAAGGCUUCGAGUAAGGACUCACAGGGCUUCGAACCCAAUCUGAUGAGCAGGUUCCUGUGUCGGCAUGCGGUGUACCACAACGCAUGUGCUGUGUGCAUGCAGGAAGUGGGUCACAGAACUGAGUGCCUCGUUCGUUCACCCUGA